AUGUUGGUCAUUUUCUUGAUGCUCCGCAAAUAUCUAAACUUUAUUACAAAGCCAUUUGCUAGACAAAUUGAAGAAGAAAAAGAAGAGCCUCCGAUUAAAAAAUUGCCAUUCGAAGUUCUUGGAGCUAUUUUUGAAAAGGUAAGCUUUUAAAUGAUUUAUGACAUUUCCAAUUGAAAUGUUUUUCAGCUUGAAUACGAAGAUGUUCAAAAUUUGAGAAACUCAUCAAAGUUUCUAUUCGACGCCCAUAAAUUAGAACGUCGGAUGAUUGCUGGUCCAAAAUGUAAUGCCGAAGUGUAUUAUAACAAAAACCACGAACUUCGAUUAGAAAUAACAAUAAUGGUAAAAGUUCCAUGGAUAAGAAUACUUCCAUUCAAAAGAACAAUUAAAUUGACAAGAACUAUUCCAUUUGAUCAAUGGAAUUAUUACUUCAAAAAUGCAAAAUGUAAAAUAUUAAGAAUGAUUGUUGAAAAAGAUGAAAUUCCAUUGAAAAUUUUGAAGAAAAUUCUUUGCUGUAAAUCGAUCGAUAUUUUUACCUAUUCCGGAAAAUCAAUCAAUCAGAUGUCUAUUGAUCUUCUUACUGCAUAUAAUCCUCAUAGUUUCGAAAUUGUUGUUAAUCGUUGGAAACUAUUGCAAAUGAUUAAGGUCAACCAAACAAUGGUUUUUAUUAAAUGGCAUGAAAAUAGUGAUGCAGUCAAAUUAACUUAUAAUAAUAUUAUUAGUUUACAUCCGGAAAUUUAUAAAAAAAACAAGGAUUUUUUUAUGGUGAGUUUUACAGCUGAAAAAGAAGAAAAUACUGGGCGAAAAAGUAGCAAUUUUUGCUACAAAAAUCAACUUCUAUCCAAACGUAAAAAUGACUGAUUUAGACAGAUUUUUUUGUCAAAGUUAUAGUUGGAAACCUCGGAAGAUUAGAUCUUUCAUAAUCUCAAAUCUAAUGGUUGAAAUAUGUUAGUACUGUUGGAAAUAGUUCGUUUAUAAUUACAAACUUCAAGAAAAGUAUUAAAAACGAUAUUUCAUUCAAAAAAAUCUGAAAUAUCUGAAGAAAAAUGAGAGUGUUCAUACAAGUUUCGGAUCCUUGUCAGAAUUUCAUAUUACACUAUUUUUCUAUUUUUUUUCAGAAACUCAAGCCUAACAUUGAAUGUCAUAAUCACUACUUGUUUGUUUUUACUAACAAUAACAAUAAGACAAGAGAUGAAAAAAAAGUUCGAUUGCUCAAGCAUUUUUUGGAGAACAAUUUAUCAAAUGUUUAUGGAUGUGAUGUGAAAUGCAAAAUUGUCAACGACGGCACAGACGUUUAUAUGGUUUUUGAGGGCUUGUAA